AUGUAUCGCUCGCGCGGGGCAGUGAGAUCGGAUCGAUAUGGUGGCGCUUCGGCUUACGGCGGUUGGGGUGGUCCUGGCCAAUGGGGGCCACCUUCUGGAGGUGGUUAUGGUGGCGGUUAUGGUGGCUCCUCUGGAGGAUGGGGACCGUCAGGUGAUGGUCCAGGAAGCUGGGGUGGACCUGGUCAAGGUUCUUGGAAUGGGUCGCAGUCUGGUUCUGCU